CAAAGUGUAAAUACCGCACUGCCUGAGUACUCUGUAAUAUGCAACACAGAGGAUUUAUGCACUUACAUAAAUACCAUCAUACCAACGGCACAGCCGUGCAGCGACUCCUCCAUACCUGACUAUAGAUUAUGGACUAAUGUCCUCGAUCCGGCAUAUACCAGUAGUACUCGGCGAUACACGUGUGGUACCACACUAUAUAAUAUACCAUGCUCCAGAUUGAACCCUGUCACUCCCAUCAUUACUAUACUGGUACUUUACUACUAUUACCCUUACAAACCGUAUGCCACGGACCCGUCGUAUUUGCACCUAUAUGUAUUUGAAAAAUAUACUUCAUAAUAUUUGUUAAGUUAUUGGACACUAUUUUUCGCCUUGCUGCUAUAACCAUGUUCAAUUUGACUUUUAUAUAUUGAUAUUGAUUUUGUUAUGAUUAUGUAACGUCAUCUCUGCUAUCCGAAUAACCCUGAACAUGUAUCCAAUAUUAUUCCAGAUAAUAUGACCACUGACGAAGGUCCACCGUGACCGAAACGUUUGGUCAGAAAUAUUCUGUUGUUAAUGCUCUCAUAUAUACCACGGGCGAAUGGAUGAUGCAGAGAUUAUGAAAUAAACUUCAUUUAAAUUGCAAAAAGAAUUACCUGAGUGCCUCAAUAUUUUACUCUCAUGAUAAACGGCUUAACAAGCCCUUGAUUGGCACCAGUGACACCCUUGAACAGAGUGUGGUUCCUCACUUUACUAUAAGAUUACGCAAUUUCUGCGUGAUACCAGCACCUUCAAACAAGCAUGACGAAUACCUUUUCAUAUGAUACUAUUACAGCAGAGAAUAUAGUGUCCAGGGGAAACUUACCUAAUGAGUUCCUGCACAUACCUAACCAUGAAAUGAAAAUUCGCGAAUACGAGCGGGACCGCAAGCGACUUAUCGGAUGGGAACUACACUGCAGCACACUCACUGAAUACUAUAAAAACAAGUGGAUUCCGAGAGGCCUGAGAUCUCAUCUCCGACCUACACUCUUUUCAGAGAAAAAAGAAUUCUGCGAACGCUUCGAGAGCAUUCUGAACAAGUGCUCUCUUGACCUGAUCUUACUAACUAUAGAAGAAUUACAAACAUCAAUUGGCAAACUAGCCUUACAGAUCAAGACAACCGAAGACCAGCUGACUUCAACUACACCGGAAGAAGAAAUCACUAAAACCAAAGAAAGGAUCAAUAAACAACUACAAGAAUACCAAAAGUACGCGGAACAAGGAAAGCGACAGAAGUUUGUACGAGGCGCCGAAGACUACAAAUUAGAGAGAGUCUACCGCUGGAAAGGAAAUCAACAGCAACAAUACUACCGAGGAUACAGACAUCCACACUAUUCUGGCUCUUCGGCAUCCGACAGUGACAGAUCCGGACAUCACGAACCCCGUUUUUUAGGCAACGCCCCACGGAGGGGCAAAUCAAGACGCGGAGGACCAGGUGGGGCGGGAGGAAACCAAGAGGGACGCAUACAGACACGCUCCCAGACUCAUUGAAUUGUCUACAAGCUGACGAGGGUGAGAAACCUUCUUAUCAUGUCAGUCUGCUCGACUAUGGAAACUUCCUGCAGCCUCUCAUCCCUCCAUGCUUCCAUAUAUACAUAAGGGGUCACUGAACCAACUUUAUGCAGUGUGUUGUAUAUUGAUAUAUACACUAUGACAUAUACUAUAAUUGCAUUUAUGAUUUUGUGUAUUUGAAUACUGUGGUAUAUGCGAACAAUACAUGAUAUGCCGCUUGUGCCCCCACACAUAUGUGAAUG